CCGGGUCAGAGCGCGGCUCUCGCCCUCCGAGUGUGUGAGUGGUGGCGGUGCCGCGCUGUCCGCGUUCUCUCUCCUCCGUGCGAGGCCGCCGCAGUGUCCACUGGCGGAGAGAGCCCCCGGCCUCGAGCGGAGGAGGGCGGGCGGGGGAUCCGCGAGCGGGCUGCGGCCGGGCUGGGCCGCUGCACUGCGGGCUGGCGGCUUUGCGUGUCCGCCUGCUGCUGUGUGUGGGAGCCGGCGGACAGCGACCCCCUGCCCCGGCUCCCCUGGUCGCCCUGCCGGGGAGGGCGGAAGAUGCCGGUGAAGAAGAAGAGAAAAUCUCCUGGGGUGGCAGCGGCAGUGGCGGAAGACGGAGGCCUCAAGAAGUGUAAAAUCUCCAGCUAUUGCAGAUCCCACCCCCCCGCUAGACUAAUAAGUGGAGACGAGCAUUUUUCAAGCAAGAAGUGCCUGGCUUGGUUUUAUGAGUAUGCAGGUCCUGAUGAAGUUGUAGGGCCAGAAGGAAUGGAAAAAUUUUGUGAAGACAUUGGUGUUGAACCUGAAAAUAUUAUUAUGUUAGUUUUAGCGUGGAAAUUGGAGGCUGAAAGCAUGGGAUUUUUUACCAAGGAAGAAUGGUUAAAGGGGAUGACUUCAUUACAGUGUGACUGCACAGAAAAGUUACAGAACAAAUUUGACUUUUUGCGCUCACAGUUAAAUGAUAUUUCUUCGUUUAAGAAUAUCUACAGAUAUGCCUUUGAUUUUGCAAGGGAUAAAGAUCAGAGAAGCCUUGAUAUUGAUACUGCUAAGUCUAUGCUAGCUCUUCUGCUUGGAAGGACAUGGCCAUUGUUUUCAGUAUUUUACCAGUACUUGGAGCAAUCAAAGUAUCGUGUUAUGAACAAAGAUCAGUGGUACAACGUAUUAGAAUUCAGCAGAACUGUCCAUGCCGACCUUAGUAACUAUGAUGAAGAUGGUGCUUGGCCUGUUCUUCUCGAUGAAUUUGUUGAGUGGCAAAAAAUCCGUCAAACAUCAUAGCAAGAACUAAAUGUGAAGAAAAUGCAAACCUUUUUGCACUCACGUGUAUACAGGCUAAGAAGACAAAAAAAUCCAAAGGGUGCAUUUUCAUUCAUAUGAAAGACUUCACAUAGUACUUUUUUUUCCUUUUUUUUAAAGGAAGUUUUCUUGUUACAUGUGAUGGGCAUUGAGCCACACCUCUUCUGAGACUGAAUAUUGAAGCUUUUGUUUUGAGUUAUGUUUAUAACAUUUAUUUCAGAACAAUAAAGAUUCAGAUUUGUGACAAAGGCCUUAAA